AUGGCAGAUGCCGCCCUCCCAUAUGAAGAGCCCGGUGUUGUGACCAUACUGGUGCAGGCUUCUUUCCUUCUAGCAUUGAAUGUUGUCAACUCAAUCCUCGACAAUGUCUUCUACUGUGGUCUCGUGGGCCAGGUGCUCAUUGGCAUGGCCUGGGGAACGCCUGGGGCAAAGAUGCUUUCCCAUCAUGUCGAACAAGUCAUCACACAGCUCGGAUAUCUGGGCUUGAUACUCAUUGUCUUUGAAGGCGGUCUUUCAACUUCCGCCAAGUCAAUCCAAACAACACUUCUUCUCUCGAUCUGCGUCGCUUUGACCGGCAUUAUCUUGCCUAUGGCGUUUUCCUUCUCGCUUCUCGCCCUUGCAGAAGCCAGCAAUCUCCAGGCAUUUGCUGCAGGCUCGGCACUAUGCUCGACAAGCCUUGGAACCACUUUCAGCAUACUGAAGACCACAGGUCUGACCAAUAGUCGUUUAGGCACUGUGUUGACCAGUGCAGCAAUGCUCGAUGAUGUCGUAGGCUUGAUCAUGGUUCAAGUGAUUUCAAAUCUAGGAUCUGGCAAUGAGUCCAUCCAAGCGACUACAGUGAUCCGGCCGGUUUUUGUGUCUUUGGGGUUUGCAAUUGUCCUGCCAUUGGCCUGCAGACUUCUGGCCAAACCGGCGUUGAACUAUUAUUGCAACAACCGGGCCGAAACCUGGCUGUUGACCAAGGUCGAUGGAGUCUUGUCAAGAUCAUCGAUCUACUGCCUCCUCUCGACAGCCCUGUUGAUGGGUCUGGUCUGCGCAGCUAGCUACGCGGGUACGUCUGCCUUAUUCGCGGCGUAUCUUGCUGGAGCCAGUAUCGCGUACCUCGACGAGAGUGUAGCGCAGAACCAAGCUGCGACCCCACGGGAAUCAGGCCGAGAGGCCACAACGAUGCAUCAACAGAGCCCUGUAAAGGUUUCGAAACGGUCUCGCGGCACCAUGGCAGCACCAGAAGACAUCGAUCCAGAUGUUGUCGCCGCGACAUCGUCUCGAAAAGCACACGAGGACCUAACUUCUCCGGCAAGUUCAACGCGGCUACCGACACCUCCUCCAGAGGGUGGCACAGACCGUGACGACGACAAGGCGGUGCCCACCACCUCGUCACCCGCAUCAGAAGAUGAAAGCCGCAGCUUGAAUAUGUACAAUACAUAUCACGGAGCUGCAGUGGAAAGAAUCUUGAAACCUUUCUUUUUCGCCUCCAUUGGGUUCUCGAUCCCGAUUACGCGAAUGUUCCAAGGCUCCAUCGUUUGGCGUGGACUCGUCUAUUCCGUCUUGAUGGCGAUUGGCAAGCUCUUUUGCGGGGCAUGGCUUAUCCGGUUCGUGAAAGCUUCAGCAACAGCGCCGAACACGGGCAAUGAGCAGGAGAGGAAGAAAAGCUCUAGCAAGCCGCUUCCCAGGCCUAAGUCUCUUUAUCCAGCUUCUCUGCUCGGCUGUGCCAUGGUGGCGCGAGGCGAGAUUGGUUUCUUGAUCUCCGCGCUUGCAGCCAGCAACGGCAUCUUCAGCACCAGCGGAACUUCGUCCGCCGCCAAUCUCGAGUCAGACAUCUACCUGAUCGUCACAUGGGCGAUUCUACUUUGCACGAUCGUUGGACCUCUGGCUUUGGGGAUUCUGGCGCGGCGCGUCAAAAGGCUGCAAGCUGAGCGAAUGAAAAGUGGCAGCGCCGAGGGCGAGGAUCCCCUUGGGAUCUGGGGAGUCGGCUGA